AUGCCACUGGGUCGUUUGCACAUAUCAAACAGGGGGUCUUUUGUAUCGCAUCACAGAAGAGCAGGAAAAGAUUCUUAUAUCCAUCAAGCGUUAAGAUUUGUGUCAACCCCGCUGGCCUGGUUUUACAUACAACUUGGACAGGCAUCCAAGUGUGGCUGGAUGCUGGCCAAGAUCAGUUGUGUUCGACAGCGCGAUUUCAGUUACAGCACAACAUCAACUCACAGGAAGGGUUGGAUAAGAAGGCUAGCAACCUCAAAAUCAGGGACAGGGUUCAGGGGUCAAACAGAGCGGGUCAAACAUGGAAUGAUGACCGGGGCCAUGCGGGCAGAGAAGGGCACAUCUUCUGGGACCAAUAGCUUGGGUCUGAACGUUGACCCGCUCGCCGCUGCCGAUGCUCAUCUUUUUCUGUCGAUUUUCUCGUAUUCUCAUGUCAGGGAGGCGAUUGUCUCUCCCCCCUUUGACAUUUUUACAUCAAUUAAAUUGGUGAUGGAGCCUGAGAGCUUUUUAAAGAAUACGAAGAAUAACACGAUGCUCGUACUCUGUACGCGGCAUGAAGGAUUAUUAUGGCACACCAAAAGUCUGGACAACAACUUCGUCCGUUUACCGUUACAUCCACAGUGA